CCGCAUGCGCAGUGGUUGUCAGAGAUGGCGGAGGCAGAGCAGGUUGUUGGUUCCCAGUGGUUGGCGGACAUGGAGAGUAUUAAGCAGCAGUUACAGCGGCAGGAUCCUACAGUACUCUCGGUGGUGGUGGCUGUGGUGGUCGUGCUGCUGACGCUCGUGCUAUGGAAGCUCCUGAAAAGAAGCCGGAUUAGCCGAAGAGCGGUGCUUGUGCUUGGCGCGUGCGACUCGGGAAAGACUCUCAUCUUCUGCAGGCUCUUAACCGGAAAGUACAAGAAGACCCAGACUUCCAUUACUGCAAGCUCUGCAGUCUACAAGGCAAAAAAUGACAAGGGCUCCAGUCUUACUUUGGUUGAUAUUCCUGGACAUGAAAGCCUAAGACUUCAGUUCUUGGAACAAUAUAAGCCAGCAGCCAGGGCACUGCUGUUUGUGGUGGACAGCUCUGCGUUCCAGCGGGAGGUGAAAGAGGUAGCAGAACUCCUGUACCAACUUCUGACGGACGGGACUUUGUUGAAAAAUAGUCCGCCGAUUCUUAUUGCAUGCAAUAAGCAGGACAUCUCUAUGGCCAAGUCAGCCAAACUGAUCCAACAGCAGUUAGAAAAGGAGCUGAACACGCUGCGUGUUACUCAGUCAGCUGCUCCUAGUACCCUGGACAGUAGCUCCAUGACCACCCACCAACUGGGUAAAAAGGGCAAGGACUUUGAUUUCUCCCAGUUGCCGAUGAAAGUUGAAUUUGUGGAGUGCAGCGCUCGGGACAGCAAAGAAGAGGAGGGUGAUGUCAACCUCGGCAAUGUGGAAAGUUGGCUAGCAAAGCUGGCAUGAGGAGAGCUUGUUACUGGACACCUUAAAGACCGUGGCACUUAGUGAUAAGGAAAUUCAUGUUUGUUGCCUUCCUCUUGGUGGGAAAAUAUCUUACAAGCCUCUCCAACAGUACUAACAUCAGGCUGCUAUUUGCUGAUUGCACUCCUUAUAACUUAAAGAACAGUUGGUUAUCUUGUUCAUUAUAUACACCGCAGUGUUACAUGUGCAGCUUCCUGGUGACCCUUUAGCUGACGGCGAGGGUUUAGGUCCCCAUUUCUGCUGCUGUACUGGAUUUUUUUUGUGCAAAGUAAAUCUAUAUUUGUGUAAGUCUCCCAAAGUUACAUUAUUAUAACUGUUACUUGGAGUAAUAUGCAAAUUAUAAAUACAAAUGACUCUGUUCCAGCGUAACUGUCUUCGUGAAUGAUGUUCUUGGGUUUUUCUUCUUCUACAGUCACUUAUUUGUAGUAGCCUGAUAAAGACAUUUUCUAAGCAA